GUACAUGUCUGCACAGUCCCAGGUGUCAAUGCUGAUAGCAUUUUCUUCCUUGACACAAACUAUUAAUUAGCCUCCCCAUGAAGCUGAGAGCAAAGAAAACGACAACAACUGACAUCAAGAGGGAAGAAGGGAGUUAUAUAAAACAGUUUCCUUAAGGUUUUCACAAACAGAAGUUGACUGGUGAUAUAUAAUGCAAAGACAGGCAUAUAGAAUCAGGAUGGCUGCUGUGAAGAACAGGACACCGGCGUUCUUAAUCUCAUGAGGAAAGACUUUUUUAAAGGAGGGCCAUCCGGCUGUACACUGGUGAGUAACUGUUCUCCUCUUCUCAACACAAGCCAAAGUUCCUCACAGGAUCUUUUGGUGGACUUCUAACUUGAAUAUUGUCUCUGUCUAUAGGAUGAACAUGGAAGACACCACUCCACUGCUGAACUUCUACUCUGUCCGCCAUACUAGAAACUCCUCCAAUCUUUAUUCCUCUUUCCGGAACUCCUCCUCUCCCUCCCCUCCGACCGCCGACUUGCUUAUUUCCCCUAAUGUUGCCUACAUGGCAGCCGAGCUUAUCAUCGCCGUCCUCUCCACGGUCGGAAACCUGCUGGUCUGUGCUGCUGUGGGCCUCAACCGCAAGUUGCGCACGGUCACCAACUACUUCCUGGUUUCGCUUGCCGUCGCCGACAUCUGCGUGGGCACCGUCGCCAUCCCCUGCGCGAUCCUGACCGACGUCGGUUUACCUCGUCACAACCUCUACCUGUGUCUGCUCAUGCUGAGCGUUUUGAUCAUGUUCACGCAGAGCUCCAUCUUCAGCCUGCUGGCCGUCGCGGUGGAGCGCUAUAUCGCCAUCUUCAUGCCUUUCCGCUACAGAGCCUUGAUGACGCGUCGCAACGCUGCGCUGGUGAUCCUCUUCACGUGGCUGCUGGCGUUUCUCAUUGGGCUUGUUCCUCUGAUGGGCUGGCACAAGACGCCGCCCGAUUCAGGCUACUGCUUCUUUGUCUUGGUGGUAGACAUGACCUACAUGGUCUACUUCAACUUCUUCUCUUGUGUGCUGAUGCCUUUAGUGAUCAUGUUUCUCAUAUAUGCGCAGAUUUUUGUCACGGUGAAGCGGCAGGUGAGACGAACAGCGUCUGAGCAAAGCGGCAGAGCGGAGGGACAGGCGAGGAUUCGCCGAGAGAUGAAGACGGCAACCUCUCUUUUCUUGGUUCUCUUCCUCUUCACUGCAUGCUGGAUCCCACUCCAUGUCAUCAAUUGCUUCCUGCUGCUCUGCCCGAGCUGCCCCGUGCCUUUUGAGCUGCUGCUCACCGCCAUAAUCCUGUCACACGCCAACUCUGCUGUCAAUCCCUUCCUGUAUGCCUACACAAUGACGGCUUUCAGAGACACCUUCAAGGCUAUAUUCCUUUGCUGCAGGCGAACAGGGAGGCUUCACUUGUAGCCGCGUUGGUGAUGAUAGAGAGGAAGCUAGGUGCCGAAACGCUCACCACAACUGAGCAGGAUUUCUCAAUAUGAAAUCCAAUUCUUAAGAUUAAUAGUAGACAACCUGUAAAAAAGAAA